AUGGAGCCAAACGCGUUCAUCAAUAAAUAUAUUAAUCUAGCUGCGCUCUUAUUUCUUUAUAGGAUCCUAGCUCUCUCCAUAGGAACUUCUACGGUGCGUGUUACUUCUUCGAAGUUAAUGGAGUUUGAGCCCAUUAACAGCGAACCUACUGUGGCGCCAUUGGGCUGUCAUCGUCGGGUAUUGGGACAUGAGUGCUGGGACUAUGUGAGCGUAUGGUCGUGCUGGGGACGGUGCGACACCAGCGAGAUCUCCGAUUGGAAGUUCCCUUAUAAACGUUCGUUCCAUCCGGUCUGCGUCCACGCAAAGCGGCAGCCAGUGAUAGUAAUCCUGAAAAACUGUCACCCUAAAGCGGAAAAGAGCGUUAGCAACUACCAGUAUACGGAGGCAGUGAACUGCCACUGCCAGACGUGCUCCGCACAAGAUACUAGUUGUAAGGCUCCGAUUAAUAACAUGAUGACUAGGGGCAGCAAGGCAAUCAUGAUAGGAGCCGAUACUGAAAACUUGGACUCUUAAGGCGUUCUUAAUAAAAUAGUGUAGCUCAAAGGGGUGGCUUUAUAUGCAAUAAAACAAAUUUUAUGCAAACAACUUUA